AUGGCCAUUGUGAUCCCGUCGCUCGAGCUCGCAAGGGACGGCUGUGAGGGAAGACAGCGCGCGAUGCCCGCACAAAAGCUGGGCAAAGGACAGACCAAAACUUCCGCCCAACAACCCCCCGAGAACAUACCUUUGAAAAAAUACUCAAGCCGAAAAGUCCGACCCGGAGGCAACACAAAGACAGAACCCGACGAUAUGGCUUCCUUGUUAGAGAUUGCAGCUUCAGCAGAUGGAACAGUGGAUCAGAUCGAGACGUUUCUCCGAGAGAAUCCCGGUGCCAAUCUCAACCCUGUUGACGGGAAUGGACGGACUCCGCUGUCGCUAGCUGCCAAGGGCGGUAGAAAUGACCUGGUAUCGAGGCUUCUUCGAGAGUCUGCGGUACUGAGAAACCAUCGGGAUAAGAGUGGUAAAACACCGUUGGCCCUAGCUGCAGAGACUGGUCAAUAUCAGGCGGCCAGUUUACUGUUGGGAGACAAGGAUGUGAAGUUCGACGUUAAGGACGACAACGGAUGCUACAACGUCGAUACCGAGUUCGGGGGCAAAACACCGCUUUCGUAUGCUCUGGACAGGUCGAACUCUGCAAUGGUGGAAUUCCUGCUGAAAUGUCAGGCGUCCACGAAAGGCAUUACACAGGAGGAAUGGCGCAGAGGAUUAAGGCCAAAGGUUAGCCAGGCCGUGGUGAUCAGCAAAUAUCCCUCUGGCUUGGUGAAAGUCGACACCGUGUCUUUGAGUAUGACUUCGGAGUGGAGGUGUCGAUACAGAGUGUGUUCCUCGGAUGCCGACAGAACGGCGGUAAAAUAUGUAUUUCGAUUUCACAUGAGCGACACCAACAUGUACCCUCUUAGUCCUUACCAGAGCGAAUUUGGGGUAACUUGGGUCAGAUCAACGUGGGUGGUGGGCAAUGAAAGGUCACCUUCGGCCUAUUUUACCACAAUGCCGCAUGGUUGGAUACCCGACAACGAGUACGAUCUGAUGGAGCGGGUGGUCCGGUACAUGCAAGAUAUAUGGCAGAGGUUGUGCCAAGAGGCUAAGGACCAUCUGAACAACAUACGUAUUGACCAGUUGAGAGCAGAGGGCAAGGACCCUGCGUUGAUGCAUCUCCUCGCACAGCACGCGUACAUUUUCGAACAAUGGAGCCAGAUGUACAAAAACCAAGUUUGUGAGCUCAAGGCCUUCAUUUAUAGAUGCCGUGACGUCAACCCCGCGAGACAGCCUCCCCAGAGCCUCACGGAUGUUGUCGAGAAGUUGGAAAGCUUUGUUGAUGGCCUGGUUCAGGAUCUGAUCAAGACGGCUCAAAAACUAAUGCAAACGGAAUUUGCAUGGGCGUCGGUUACCGAAGCGAGGGCCUCUACCAAACUAGGACAACACGUCAUGGUGCUCACCUAUGUGAACUUAUUAUACUUGCCAUUGGCAUACUGUGCAGAAGAAGACACUAGAGCGGCCUUUAUCAAAACCUCGGCCAUCGUCGCCGGCGUCACUCUGUUUGUGGCAUUGCUCCUCAAACCGCUCCUUGGUGUAGCCGAGUGGCUCUUUGCAAAGACCAUUUCUCUGGCCAGGCAGUUGUUGGCUGAAGCGAAGAAUUCGGCAAACUGGCAAUUCAAGAAGUUUGUCGAGCGUCGCGCACGCGCAAAGGAGACGGAUUGCGAACAGUCACCGGCCAGCGUCAGUGGCCGAGUGAUGGCUCGUAGGCUGCCGCAGAGAUGGUGGAAGAAGACUGCAUGA